UCAAAAAAAAAAGAAAGAUAUUUAUAUUAUUUUAGAUAUAUUAUAUUCUCACCCAAGCAACCGUGAAAAGACAAAACGUACAUGAUAAAAAAAACGAUCCACUUACGUGAUUGAUUAUAUUAUAUAUAGUUUACAUAAUUAUAAACCGUGUUGUGUGACAGAACAUCUAAGAUAAUAAUUACGACACCAAUAAAAAUAAAAAUUCAGACCUCACUUACUCAUUGCAAAUGCUCCGGCGCAUAAAUCGCGUCUCUCAUGUGCUCUCUCUCUCUUCUUCUCAAUUUUAUAUAUACUCACACAACCCUCACCAUCUCAUGGUUCUUUAUCUAAUAUUAUACACAUUGACGUAUAUCAAUGGGGAAUUGUCUGCGACACGACAAUGCCAUUGCCGGAAAAGAGAAAGACGAUCUCGAGCCCGAGCCGCUGGUUAAGUUAUUGGAAGAAGGCAAAACGAGUUACAAUGGUGAAGAAGAAAGUGAAAGAUCAACGGAAGAAGUAUCUAAGGUGAUAAGGAUUAAAGUUGUGGUGACAAAAAAAGAACUUAGACAAAUCUUGGGUCACAAGAAUGGUAUCAACUCCAUUGAACAGUUGGUUCAUGUUCUCAAAGAUAGUGGCAGAAACAUCUCCAGGGCUAAUUAUGAAGAAGAUGAGAAAGAAGAAGGUAAUGAAAAUUGGAGGCCUUCGUUAGAAAGCAUUCCUGAGAGUCAUUAUUGAUAUUAAUCAUAUAGUAUUUUUAACUAAUAAUCCAUCUACAGUACCUUUUGACCUUUUCCAAGAUGACUGUUUGUUUUGUUGUCUAUGAUUGCUCCUUUUUAACCAAUGUAUGUUAUCUCAUUAACAUUGGUGUUUUUUUCUUCCUUGUUUGUUUUCCCCAUCAUGUUUGGUGCUUUGUGUUUUUGUUAGAGCACUAAUCAACUAUUAUAUGUCAUUAUGUGUCUUGUUAUAUUAGCCAUAAAUAAAUUACUUGUGGCAUUUCUUAAA